UUUUUGUAUUUCCACCAAUACCGACAUACACUAUUGUAAUAUUAAAAUGUAUUUGCUAUGUUUACUCAGUAAAUCCGCCUUUCAUUUUGGAAUGGUUAGCACUUUAGAAUAAUAUAUAUAAAUAACCCAAGCUUUCUCCUCUCCCCUAUUUCCAAUUACCCACCAAUAGCUCCAAAACCUACACUAAAAGGAACAUCACCACCAAUAAACUUUACUUCAUCAUUGUUUUGUAAGCGCUUUAUUUUUGGACUAUUUUAAAAAUGAUCUUCAAAAUCAACAUUUACACCAUUACUGCCGCGCUAUCAGCAUUGUAUAUGCCCUCAACCACACUCGCCAAUCAAACUGACUGUGUGACUUCCUUCAAUCCCAAGGCUGACUACUUCCCAGACAAGGUCCAAGUCAAGUACAAUUCCGGGUUCAGUAUUACUUACAAGGGCAACUCAAAGCAUAUCCGCAAUAACAUUUCAGACGAGACAUACAUUCUGUACCAAUGCGGCACACCGAUCCCCAACGAUGCUCGGCCGACCCCGGCGAAUAGCUCUCAGGUUGGCGGGUGGACCAAGGUUAUGGCAGUCCCUGGGACUAAGGUAGUUUUGGACUCGGCCCCUGCCAGCGCCAUCAUCGAGUUUCUUGAUGUUCAAAAUUCAGUCGCUGCCUCAUAUGAGCAUUUUGCGAUCACUUCACCAUGCAUGCAAAAGGUCAUUGGCGCUCUACCACGCGUGCAGCAAAACUUUGGUACGCCCAAGGCAAGAAGAAGAAACAUAAUUGACCGUGUUCCUCGUGUAUUCUACGACCUGGCAAUGGAGGAACUACAGUGGACGUUCACGACGUACGGAAUGAGUGACCCACACUCGAUCGCUGUCAACCCCGAGGAUGCUAGCGAUAUGUUAGGCAAGGCCGAGUGGAUCAAGUUUGUUGCUGCCUUUUACAACAAGGAAGCACGGGCCAAUGAGAUUUUUGACCAGAUCGAGGCUCGCUACAACUCAGUUAAAAGGUCAGCUGCAAAUGGAAGCAAGAAAACAAUUGGCUUUGCUCGCUAUAGCAAAGUCGCCAAUGGCACUGUGACCGGCUGGACCAUUGACCAGCCGCAGCAGUGGAUGGCCCAGGGCCUAGCUGAUGCUGGCUUAAACGUUCAUUCUGGUGGCAUGACAAGUUUUAAGAGUGUCGACGAUUUCUACGAGGCCGUCUCUGGAUGGGACAUCCUCAUUGAUCUUAGCAGUGAGCCACUACCACACGGCGGCGCCACAAUUCCCGAGUGGAGCAACCUGGUCGAGGGCUACAAAUUCAGCAUCAACAACAAAGUUGCCAAGUCCCUGCCGUUUUUUGCCAGCAAUUCUAUCUACAGAUCCGACUUGAUCAGCAGCUACCAGAACGCAACUGACUUUAGCGAGCACUUGCAGGUUCAGCCCGAUGAUCUUCUCAGCGACUUUGUCAAGCUUGCCACAGGUUCAUUGGGCGCAAAAGACACCAAGUGGCUCCGCAAUAUUCCCGGAAAAGUGCCAGUUCAUUGGGUUUCGCCUGCCGACUGCAAGAAUUAA